AUGUCGGGCGGGUUCUUCAGGGGUACGUCCGCUGAUCAGGACACAAGGUUUUCCAAUAAGCAAGCUAAGCUGUUGAAAUCUCAGAAGUUUGCACCUGAAUUGGAGCAUUUGGUGGAUACAUCGAAGGUGAAUAUGGAGGUUAUGCGCCCGUGGAUUGCUAAACGGGUAACAGACCUUCUCGGGUUCGAAGAUGAAGUUCUUAUCAACUUUAUUUAUGGUCUUUUGGAAGGAAAGGUAGUGAAUGGGAAGGAAGUUCAAAUUUCGCUUACUGGAUUUAUGGAGAAAAACACUGUGAAGUUUAUGAAGGAGCUUUGGACGCUUCUUAUCAGUGCACAAAACAAUGCUAGUGGUGUCCCUCAACAGUUCUUGGAUGCCAAACAAGAAGAAGCACGGACAAAGAAGGAGGAGGCAGACAGGUUUGCAAAUGAAAUUCAGAGAAAGAAAGAUAAGGAGAGGAUGGAUCAACAAGAGAUAUUGAAGAAGAUGGAAGGAGGGGUUGAUAAGAAAUCAAGCAAUAUUGCGUUGGAGCCAAACUCAAAACAUAUGUCACCAAGGACUUCAAAUGAUCGUUCUGAGGAUGAAAGAGGAAAUGAAAAGCGCAAUGGUGUGAAGGCAAGGAACAAGGUUUCAAGAUCUCCAAAUUCAGGAAAUUCAUCUCUGUCUCCUAGUGAAAGACGUUGGUCAAAAAGUGUUUCCAAGUCACCAAAAGCACGGAGACGGUCCAUUUCUUCGGAAAGAGGUUAUCGCUCUCCACCAAGACGGCCUAUUACAACUCUUCGGAGGCAUUCACCCGAGGGAUCACUCUCGCCGAGAGGAAGAUCACCUUAUUCGAGGCGAAGAUCUAGAUCAUAUUCCCCACAAAGAUCACCCUCUCCUUAUCGGCGUAGAUUACGUUCUCCCUAUCGGCAUAGAUCACCUUCUCCUGGUCGUCGUCGAACAUCUCCACCUGUUAGACGUUGGAGAUCACCCUCACCUGUCCGACGCCGCAGAUCACCCUCACCUAUCCGACGUCGCAGAUCACCCUCACCUAUCCGACGUCGCAGAUCACCCUCACCUGUCCGACGUCGCAGAUCACCCUCACCUGUGCGGCGUCGCAGGUCACCCUCUCCUUUGCGACGUCGCAUGUCACCUUCUCCUGUAAGACGUCGCAGAUCCCGCUCACCUGUGCAUCGCAGAUCUCCCUCACCCGCACGACGGUGGUAUCGAAGAUCUCCAUUGGCUUCACGCAACAGGUAUGCAUCUCCAGUGCAACGUAGGUCACCGGUUCGUGGUGGUAGGAGAUCACCAACUCCUCGGAAUAGGUCUCCUUCGCCUUAUGUCCGAAGUUCUGCAUCUCCUAUUCAGAAUGGUUCCCCUUCACCAAUCAGGGGAACAAAGUAUCAGAGAUCUCCUUCACAAUCUCCUCAAGAAAGAACCAGGUCCCAAUUUUCUCCUGUGCCACGUCAGUCCUCUAGCUCUCCCGGAUCACUGCAGAGGGAGUCAAAGAAAGAGAAAGAUUCCCGUAAAAGAGCACCAGAUUUGUCGCCAUCACCAGAGAAGUCUCGCAUACUGUCAGAAUCUCCACCAGGUGUAAGGAGUGCUAGUGAAGAAAGGAGAUCCUCUAGUCCUUAUGAGAGUCCGGUGCGACGACCAAGGGAGCAAAUGACUCGUAAUGUUAGCUCAAGUCCUCCAAGGAAACCAAAAGAACAAAAGCUUCGUCGUGGAAGUCCAGAAAUAAGCGAAGAGGAGGAUGGCGAUUAUAGACCUAAGUCCACAGAGAGAAGAUCAAAAAAUACAUCAGUGAUCAGUAAGCCGAUAGUUUCUCCUGCUAAGGUUCGUAACAAGGAAGACUACUCUCCUGAAAGAGUAGCAUCUGGUCAUAGAUCUACUGAAUCUCGGAGUCGUCUGGAUAAUAUGGAAUUCAGAAACAAAGAGCAGGAGAUGAGGAGUAGGAAAUCCUCUGGGAGGGGGGCUCCUGGAACUCCUGAGCAACAAAAAGCAGCAACCAUGUCAAAGGACUCUCUGCCUGGUGAGACUCAACAAGCAUCAUAUCCUAAUGAAGGUAGAAAGACUGAUGAUAAGAACCGCUGUCAUUCAAAGAAUUCCAAGGACAGUGACCGGCAUCACAAACCAGGAUCUGUACACUCUUCAGUUGAAAAGGUUGAUCAUAGUAAUCAAUGUGGCACUUUUGAUUCUGGUUCUGAGGAAAGUGACAAAUGCAGAGGUGGGGAUAAGGAAAAAAGAAAGAAUAAGAGAUCAGAGAGGCAAGCAGUGACUUCAGAUGAUGAUUACAGUAAUGAUUCUGAAAUAGAAGACAGGAAGGGCUCUAAAAGGAGGAGGAAAGAGGAAAAGAGAUUGCGGAAGGAGAAGAAGCGCCGAAGACGUGAGGAGCGACGCCGCAGAAAAGAAGAACGUCGUGCAGAGAAGCUGAAAGGAAAGAAUUACAGUGAUGCUUCUGCUUCAGGUGGUGAACAUGUAGGCAGGAGGGAGCUUCAUUCAAGUGACAAUGAAGAGGCAGAGGCUAUUCAGAAGAAACUUGAGAUUGAGUUACGCAAGAAGGCUCUCGAAUCACUUAAAGCAAAGAAGGGCAUCAAUCACUAA